CCCCCGGCCCGAGGAAUGGGUACUGGGCUGGGGCAUUGCACCCCUUGAUCCCGAGGUGUAGCCUCGCUGCCAGCUCCUGUGCAGACCUGGCAAUACGUCCUCCUCUUAGCGCAACCAGCUCCUGCCUUCUGGAGCCUGGCACUGAGAGCCAUCCGCCCCGCAGCGGCCCCCCAGGCCUCCCUGCAGCACCCCGUAAUGCAAUUCACCGGGGUGGGGGAGGCGGCGGCAGCACCUACGGCGGCGGCGGCGGCACUGCCCCAACCUAGAGACGUCAGAAAGAGGAGGAAAAUGGCUCCGAGCAGGGACCGCCUGCUGCACUUUGGGUUCAAGGCGACAAUGUUCUCAAACAGCGAUGAGGCUGUAAUCAAUAAAAAACUUCCCAAAGAACUCCUGCUAAGGAUAUUUUCUUUCCUGGAUGUUGUUACCCUGUGUCGCUGUGCUCAGGUCUCCAGGGCCUGGAAUGUCCUUGCUCUGGAUGGCAGUAACUGGCAACGGAUAGACCUGUUUGAUUUCCAGAGGGACAUUGAGGGCCGGGUAGUGGAAAAUAUUUCAAAACGGUGUGGAGGCUUUUUACGAAAGUUAAGUCUUCGUGGGUGUCUGGGAGUAGGAGACAAUGCAUUAAGGACCUUUGCACAAAACUGUAGGAAUAUUGAAGUACUAAGUCUCAACGGAUGUACAAAGACAACAGAUGCUACCUGCACUAGCCUUAGCAAGUUCUGCUCCAAACUCAGGCACCUCGACUUGGCUUCCUGUACAUCAAUAACAAACAUGUCUCUCAAAGCUCUGAGUGAGGGCUGUCCACUGUUGGAGCAGUUGAACAUUUCCUGGUGUGACCAAGUAACCAAGGAUGGCAUUCAAGCACUAGUGAGAGGCUGUGGGGGUCUCAAGGCCUUAUUCUUAAAAGGCUGCACUCAGCUAGAAGAUGAAGCUCUCAAGUACAUAGGUGCACACUGCCCUGAGCUAGUGACUUUAAACCUGCAAACUUGCUUACAAAUCACAGAUGAAGGUCUCAUCACCAUAUGCAGAGGAUGUCAUAAGUUGCAGUCCCUCUGUGCCUCUGGGUGCUCCAAUAUCACAGAUGCCAUCCUGAACGCUCUAGGUCAGAACUGCCCUCGGCUUAGAAUAUUAGAAGUGGCCAGAUGUUCCCAGUUAACAGAUGUGGGCUUCACUACCCUAGCCAGGAAUUGCCAUGAGCUUGAGAAGAUGGACCUAGAAGAAUGUGUGCAGAUCACAGAUAGCACAUUAAUCCAGCUUUCCAUACACUGUCCUCGGCUUCAAGUGUUGAGUCUUUCUCACUGUGAGCUGAUCACAGACGAUGGGAUCCGUCACCUAGGGAACGGGGCCUGCGCCCACGAUCAGCUGGAGGUGAUUGAGCUGGACAACUGCCCACUCAUCACCGAUGCGUCCCUGGAGCACUUGAAGAGCUGUCACAGCCUUGAGCGAAUAGAACUCUAUGACUGCCAGCAGAUCACCCGGGCUGGCAUCAAGAGGCUCAGGACCCAUUUACCCAACAUUAAAGUCCACGCCUACUUCGCCCCCGUCACUCCGCCCCCGUCAGUCGGGGGCAGCAGACAGCGCUUCUGCAGGUGCUGCAUCAUCCUAUGACAGCCGGGUGGGCCACCGUGGUGAACUGAGUAUUUAAUGACACUUCUAGACAUACCGUGGAGUCUCUCCGGUGGAAGCGACCCCAGCGUUCUGGGCAAGGGUUACUGAGUGAGGGCAGCGUCCAGAUCCCCAGAGCCGCACAUACACAGGCACAUGCGUCUUCACCUCAUCUGCUGUGGUUCUGGGACCAUGGCUCUGAAGUUCAUGCUGGCUGUAACAAGUGGGUUGGUAAAACCUAAGCAUUCCCAUUGGACAUGCCCAGAAGCAAUCGCAGGCCACGGUAGAGGGCGGGGACAUUCCAGCAGAGCCCAGUGUUACUGCUUCUGUGGUUUCUUCUUUAUUAAGGGGUUUCUGUGGGGGUUUUGGAACAGUAACUAUGAUCCUCCAGGGUGAGAGGUAGCCUGGAAAACAAUCUAUGACGUAUCCAGGGACCAGAAAAAAAACUUCUCUACAUCCUAGAAAUGGUAGCCAUCCAUUGGGAGACUCCUGGGCUUCCUUGUUCCCGUGCCGACAUGCUGAGCAUGCUCACAGAGAAGGCUCAUCCUUUCAUCUGGUGUUUGAGUAUUUGACCCAGAGAUUUUUUUAGCGGCUGCAUUGAAAUCACUGGGGUCCAAAUAGAAUUCCUUUUCUUAUCUGCUCAGUUUGUCACUGUAUGUCACUGCACCCGUCUUCCGUUCUCUCGCUCACUGCCGCACGCUCUCUCCCCCUCUCUCUUCCCCCCACCUCCCUCUCCUCCAGACUGACCUCAGGAUGCUGCCCACUCGAUUGUUACUAUGUUGCUGUUUGCUGUGUUUACAGUUUGCAUUUUGGAUGAAUUAGUUGGGGUCACCAAACAUUUUUAAAAGAAACAUCAAUAAAUAUUUUUUUAAUCUAACUUUUACCAUCAGGGGACCCUGCCUGAAUCUUUGCCAGUCUGGAAAGAAAUUCUAACAAAAGCAGGAAAGUUAUGAUAAGAAAUAGUAGGACUGUUUGGAUGAAAAGAAACUUUCCUUUGGGUUUCUGUUGUAUCCUAUGCUGUAUGCUGGUUUGCACGCUGUACACUGUCCCCCACGUGCUACCCCACCCCCACUCCCACAUUUCCUUCCUUCCAAACUCAUUCAGCUAAGACAAGAGAAGUGCAGCAGUGCGUAGGGUGGGUGAUGAAUCCCCAAACUGAGCCUGCAUUUCCUGCCACCCAAGCUCCAGCACAAAUGACCAGUGUCCUGUGCCAGCAGGCAUGGGUGGGUGUGACCUCUGCCUGUGUCUGAGUUACUUGAGUUACUUGCUUUGCAGCAGUGCUGCCGGGGGGUGGGGCUGCUGUUGGUUUCUUGGCCCCUCCCACAUCUAAUCCCAGGAGGGAUACAGGAAGAGCCCUGUAAUGGCUGGCUGCUGUGUGCUAACAGAAGACCUGAGCAUCUCCGCUGUCUGCAGACUUCCUCUGAAAGGGGACAUGAAGGCAGCCAGCUAGGAGCACUGGGGCAGCCAGAGAGCCCGGAGAGGGAGUGGGGGGCUCAGUCUACCAAGCCUGAGCACCUAACCUGAGCAGAGGGAACAGGCUUAGUGCCUAUGGCUCAGUCAAGGAAAAGCCUCUUCAAAGAAACCCAGAGAAUGAGAGAAAUGAAAUGAGUUUCUAAGGCAUAUUUCUAAACCCCAAUGGUAGGAGCUUUGUGUAUGUUCAUUAGAGUACUGGGGAGAGGGGCUUUGGGGACCUGGGUGUGCAAGCCUGUGAUCCCGGCAUGUUAAAAGGGCUGUUUGAUGCCAUGGAUGCAGGUUCUGCCAGAAUAUAUAGGAAGAAAGUCUGAUGGAUUUCUCCAUUACUGUAGAAAACAAUCAGAUGGAAGGCCCUCGAACACUAUACUACCACAUUAAUUUAUUGUAUUAAACUUACUGAAAAUCUUAUUUUAUUAUGCUCUUUUGAAAGCUAAAUUACUUGUGUUUUUAUUCCUUUUCCCCUUUAUGUUCAAAUUAUCUUGAGAGAAAUCUCUUUUUUCCUCUUGUUACAUUGCUCACCUGCCUGUUCUCAAGUCACCUGGACUCCAGUUACCCUCCACCUCAGCCGGCACCCUGAGCGGCUGGGACUUGUGGCUAGUACUGUUUUACCUGACAGCGUACCUCCUACCCCCCCCCCCAUCACCCCAGACAAAGGCUUAUACUCUGUAGCCCUGGCUGGCCUGGAAUUUGUGGUUUUCUUUUUGUCUCGGCCUCCUUACUGCUGGGAUUAUGAAGUUAGACUCGGUGCACACUUGCUCACAUACACACUUGCAAAUGUAUUUAGAUGUAGAUACCCCAGGUCUUUCAAACAAAACCAAAAGAAGGUGAGGGACCAUCUGCUCUAAACUAUGUCGUUUGGGUUUUUUUUUCCCCUAAGUGCCUAACAAGUUGACAGUAAGACCUGAACACUGAGCAGGUAGCGGACGCAGAUCUGAUUGUCCCCGUCUGAGUCAUUCAGGAACUCCUUUGUAUCCGUUCAAGUUUGAGUCUCCUAACUACUAGUGUGUCAGAAGUCUUGUCUGCUCAGAGUGUAUUGCUACACCCAGGUUCACUGGCUUUGUCUUGGUGACCCCUGCUGGUAAGGCAAAUCACUACCUUUCUGGGCCAAGAACAAAGUCAAAAGGAGGGGUUGGGGGUCUGCUGAUGCACAGCGCUGGCUGCACAUGGUCAAGCAGACGUCAUAUUCCUUUCUCAAGUGAAACAGGCCCAUCAUGCGUGGAGGAGCAUAGAGAAGCACAGACCUCGGAAUCCAAGUGCAGCUCCCCACACUCGGAAUACUUGUAAGAACUGAGUAGGGUUUUGGUUGGGUUGAUGGGUUUGGGGUUUUUAGGACCAAGGUGUGGAAGGGAGAGAAUGACUCGAGGAAGUUGUCCUUUGACCUCCACACAAGGUGAGGCAUGUAGGUGCCUGCACUUUCACAGUAAAAAUAUAAUGAGGGAGAAAAUGGGUAUAGUGGUUUGUGCCUGUAUCUCAACACAAAAGAUGCAGAGGCUGGAGGGUUGCUGUGAGUACCCGCCCAGAUUGGGGUAUAUGUCAAGGAACUAUCUUGGGGGCGGGGUGGGAAAGCCUGGUGGUCCAUUUGUCUCAUUUUACACCCACUCCCAAACAUGCCUUUUACAAUGGGAAAAGGAAAAAAAAAAUGAGGCCUGUGGGCUCAGGUCUGAGAUAAAAUGGCUCUUGAGUUUGAGAUCAGCCUCAGCUACACUGUGACAACUACUUAAGCAGCCAAGCAAAAAGAAUAAGGCACCCUCAAAAGAUGUUGCCCUAAGCCUCCAGGUGGCCAGGAGGGAUUGCUAAUAUAUCUGGAGAAAGAUCCGUUGUAAGCCCCGCUCCACUGUGUCAUCUGGAAUAUUCUACCACCAUUAGCUGCUGCCAGUUUAUUAGGCCUACGAAUGUAGCCACCGAUCUCUCCAGUUCUUCCAGCACCUGCCCUGCCCUCUGUCCAAAGCUCUGUGGCAUUGUGGCAUCCAGUCUAGCAUCUUUGGAUUCCUUUCCCUGGUCACAGACGGGCAGAGCUGAGCACAGCACAGGGAGUGGCAUAACUCUCACAUGAUGGUCCGUGGUGUCGGGGUUUGGGCUUGGAGCUGAAUUUGAGGUCUCACUGGCUCUGAGGAGUAAAGGACCCUAACAUCACCUCUCCCCCCGUUAUUUGAAAUAUUAACUCGCUCUGCACACUGUUUUAGAAAUGCGUAUGACUGCCCCUGCUCCAACCUUGACAGCCUUUUUGGAAGUGAAAGUAUCCCUCAGUUUGUUUUUGUACAUUUCUGGUGAGAUUUCUGUGUCUAUUAGGUAGCAGGCCUGUAAGUAGGAGAUGGUGUUUUUAGUGUUUCCCAGGGAACGUUGGUGAGUGGCUUACCAUGCUUUGUUGUGGGCGUUCUGGACUGUUUGGAAUGUUGGUUUGUAGCUAGGGGCCACUGACGUCCAGUCUGGACUAUUUGUAGCUGUGGGCCACUGAAGUCUAUUUGAUAUUUUCAGUUGUCUUCUAAAAUGUGUUUGACAUUGUUAGGGCGAAGGAGAGUUGUCACUGAAAAGAAGAGAGUGACUCCCUGCCUGUCCGUGGGCAGCCUGAUAGGUGACAGCAUUGAGACUUGGAAGGGCUCACAGAUCAUGACUGAUCUUGGACUGUUGAGAUGGCUUGGCAGGUAAAAACUAUUUGCAGGCCGAGUCGGACAACCUGACUUGUGACGGUAAAGGAGCAGUAAUGACGGCUGGGAAUUGUCCUGACUUCCACGGAAGUACCAUGGGAUCCAUGUGCACGUGCAUUGUAAAAGAAGAUUACGUAAAAACCAAGGCUGGUGGCUCUAAAGGCAGGCAGCUCAUGGAGUCAUCAAUGAGAGGGUUAGACCAGGAAUGAGCCCUGCUGAACCUUCUCUGAAUUGUACAGGUGGGUUUCUGUGCUGUGGUUUCUGCUGACAGACCAGGGGAUAAGCCCAACCUUCUGAGAGAAGAGGUAGUGUGUUUGCUUGGAGGUCUGAAACCUGAAACCCUUAUAUGACCCGAAGACAAAAAAGUCGGAGCGAUGAGGGAGGGAGAGUAGGAGUCACAGACCUCCUCACCUUUAUGUUUGUCUUAAGUCUUCAUCGGAAGAUGCAGAAGGCAGUGUUAUCAAUAGGGCAUGAUUAGCCCUGCUGAUUUGAGAAUAAAAUUCGGCUGUAAAUACAGUAUCCAAAUGUACUCCACAGGAGACAGAGUUCUUUAUGUGAAGGGCCUCUGGGGCUUCCCACUUCCCAUUCGAGCCUGGUCCACGGUGUUGUGCUUUCUGAUUUCUCUGCACAUCGUUUCUGCAUCUCUGGAAACUUUCAGUUAUUUAGUAUCCUCUCCCUUGCAUGGGAGUUUACGAAAGUUAUGUGUAGUAUUGGAGAGGGAAAAGCUUUUGUUAUACAAACCAUGCAUCGAAGGUUCGAGAACAUGAUCUCUGCCACACGGGUGUUUGAUCUAAGGCUUUGUGGAGUCAAGUUUACAAAGGUGUUGGUACUCCUCAGCCAGAGUGGCUCGUAGUACAAGAACCAUGAGCAAGCAGAAAGCUAGUGAUGCUUUCCACUGUAUGGCAUGGACAGGCAAGGCUCAUGAGAGGAUGCUUUUGCCUCAGGAAGCGCAUCUGUCCAGCGCUCAUAAGACUUCCUGUCCAUGGGACACUUUUACUGCUGUUUUCAUGGCAUCAACUCCAUGCCCUUUGGUGGCAAGAAGGGCUUCCUUCCUUCUGGGGACAGCAUAAGUACCAAGACAGGACUGUGGACAGUGGACAACAGUCCUCCCCCUUCGAAGGGGUAAUGAUAGACAGGUGCCCUCUGCCAGGUCCCAGGAGAUCUUUGAAGUUACGUCCUUUGCUCCGCUUAUCAUGUUAUCUCCGAUCUGCUGUGUUCUGCUGCUUACGUGUGUUUUCUUCCUGUACCCUAACAUUUUCCUCUCAGCUUCACAAAACAUUCAACCACUCACUGUUUGUAGCACUGGAGACCAGGGACCUCUAAAUGACCGAGUGACGUGGCUCGUUAGUUAGCUCCUCCUCUCCCCAGGGACAGGAGUGCCCUGGCACUGCAGCAGUGAGAGGGGCCUUGCUGUGUGUCGCUGUCUGGGUUUCCAUAGGAAGGCUUGCUCCUUGUAAGGAUCUUUUCUUACAUAUUUCUGAUGACUGUUAAUCUCUAACAAGUGGUGAGCCUGAUUCCUGUGACCCAUCCCUACCACACUCCUAUGUGGCACACUGACACCCAGAUCCUGUUGGCACAUCCCAGAAUCUUUAGGCCAGCCAGCUCUUCCUCCCUGAUGUGACCCCAGAACUGACCCCCAGAAUCAGUGCAACCCCGAGGGGUAUCUGGGAGAGGCUUGGGGUCACUUUUCCGUUGGUUUUAUCCACUCUGGCCACCUCUGUUUUUCCUCCCAGGAACUCUUUCCAGUUACUGUUUCCUGGUGGUUCUGCUUACCCUCGCCCACCUUCCAGUGACCCUGAGGGCACAGACCUGAGUAUCCCAUGUGGCCUGUGCAGAGCUCAGAGCACUGUGAGGACGGCCGCCCCUUCCGGUCAGGCCGCUCAGGGACAGGUGGAUUGGCACUCAGUCUCCAGUCCUGCACGCCCACCCCUCUGACGUCCUGAGGAGUAGCAGGGCAGGCAUGGGGUGAUCCUUGUGCCCUAGCUGCUGGGCCUGACCAGAACUUGGCUGUAUGGUGGCUGCUGCUUGCUUGUUUUCUCACCAGGCCUGCGCCAACACUUGGCCACUCCCCAGGCCCCAAACUGUUCCCCAGUGGGGACUUAACACCACCUUCCACUAGCUAAGUGACUGUAUGUACACCUCGUACUCCAGCAUCCAAGGAUGUGGGGGUGAGGAGGAUUGUUUUAAAUAAGUAAAAUCCAAGGAGGCAGUAGACGAUUCUUUUUGCUUUAAAAAUCUUUGGACUAAAGAUAUGUUUUUAUAUAUAUAAAUAUAUAAAGUAAAUUGUUAUGUAACUAUUAUUGUUCCUGUAUGUUCUAAUUUUGUUUUAUGAUGUAAUUAAAGGAAAUCA